UCAGAUGUGUCCGGUGUCUUCUGCAACGAAGACACAUCCUCUUCAAACAGUCGCUUUCAGAACGGUCUUAAGACAAUGAUGGAUCUAAUGACAGCUACUCCUUUCUAUCUCAUCAAUUCAACUGAUGACAAUGGUAGAAAUGGCUCUUAUUAUGAAGAUGAUGAUGAUGAGUUUGAUUUCAAGGAAGAGCAUGCUGAGCUGAGACAGUCUCUCAACAUCAUGUCUCUCAUUGUUUACUGCCUGGCCUUUGUUCUCGGUGUACUCGGGAAUGGAGUGGUUAUCUGGGUGACCGGAUUCAAGAUGAAGAAAACAGUUAACACAGUGUGGUUCCUCAACCUC